UAUGUUGACAUUCUACGACCAGCGUUGAAAAGAAGCAUAUAAGUAGUGCGCUAGAACCGGUAAAACACAGUGACAUUAAAAUCGUCCCCGAGUCAAGAUGGCUACAUUAGCCUUGCUGGUGUCUGCAGUCACGGGUUUGUUCCUAAUACUCUUGUUGAUGAAAAAUACCGAGGCUGCUGUUAGUUGCGGACCUAACUCUACCCUUUCCAAUUGUACGACGUGCAACGAGCUUUGUAGCGGACGGGUGAGGCCUUGCGCAGAGGUUUGCUCUGACCAAUACGUCGCUUGCAAGUGCGAUCUUGGAUACUACCAAGUCAGUCAAAGUAACGUUACUUGCGUCUCGGAGAGCGAGUGUCCUUCCUAACGCUCACGAAGUAUGUAUCGUGUGUUCCUGAUACAUGGAUUUACAGCUGAAAUAAUGUAUUGUACUUCUUAAUAAAAUCGCUUUCGCUGUAUUGUUA